AUAGUUUAAUAAUGGAAAAAAAGACAAAAGUUUUCCUAUUUCGACUUGCGUUUGGAGUGGGGUUUGCAUUCCUUUUUGCUGCUGUUAGCGCGAUAUUUAUAAAUCAAGUAUAUCUUGAACAAAGAAUCGAAAAAGUAGCUGCACAGUCGAAUUUAUUAUCUGGAAAAGAUUUAUCAAAAAAUAGUAAUAAUUUAAAAAUUCAACUUGUUCCGACAGAUGAAGCCCCUCAUGCUGGUACUGAACUUGCUCCUGUUUUGCUCGAAAAGAACAUUGAAAAAAUAAAAAGUUUAAACUUGUUAACCACAAAAGAAAACCAGCCACCUUCAACAAUAAUUACAACAGAAUUAACAACUGUAGAAAAAAAAACCGAAAAUACAGAAAAACCAAAAGUUAAAAAAUGUAAAACAAAAACAUGUGUUGCUCCGAAAUGCAGAUGCCCAAGCGUUGAAAUACCUGAUGAACUUUCUCGAAAUAAUACUCCACAAAUGAUUGUAACUGCUAUGAACGAUCCAAUUAACGCAAAAACUUCUCUCGUCUUUAAUAGUUUAUUUAAAUCAACGAAUGUAAAGAAAUGCCCAACUAAAGCAACUUUUUUUGUUUCUAACACUGAUACAGAAUAUUCAUUUGUUGAAAUGUUAUACAAAAAAGAUUUUUAA